CGUGCUGGCGGUUCACACACAAAAUACCAGUAUCGGAGGCUAAACCGUUUGGCGGUAUUUAACGGUACUAUCGGUUGACCUAUGGUUAGACCACGAUUUUGCCAUAAAAUACCCUAGCACUUACUUUCCGGUACGGUUUCAUGGACCAUAGAAUUUUAUGGCAAAACCGUGGUUUAACCGUAGUUCAACCGUUAGUACCGUUAAAUACCCGUUUAUCGGUUUAGCCUCCAAUACUGGUAUUUUGUGGUUGAACCGCCGGUACAGUACGGUUUCAUAGACCAUGAAAUUUACGAGUAAAUUUCAUAACACAAACUUUGAAAAUAGAGUUGGUAUUGAUAAGAUUUUAUUCCUCCCUUCCUAAUUCAAAUUUCUUGAGCGUAAAUUUUUAAACUCCCCUCGUUCAGAUUUGCGCAGCUCCGCCACUGAAUAAUAAGGGUCAUAAAUUGUACUAUAUGUUACUAAAUUGUGUUUGUUUUCUUCCUUUUUUUUGUCUAGUAUCAUGUUGAGAUAUAUUUAGUCAAGCAAACUAAACUCAACCACCUAAGUUGGUAGGACGUAUAUUUGAUUGGUCUAGCCACAAUAAUUCAAGGGAUCAGAAUAUUGAUGAUUAUUAAUAACUUAUAAGUAGUUCACUCGCAUGAGUUUGUUGAGUAUACGUUAGAAUGAAAAUGCAUGAAAAUCCCUUGUCGUAAAAAUUUAAUUAGGAAUAUGCAAAAUCCAGCACACAUUUCCAUUGUGAGGCCGAAAUCAUCAACUUGGAAAAUUAUAGAAAGUAUCUUCUAAUUCGAUUUUCAGCCUGAACAAUGGGCUUUAAAUGUUUGUGCAAAAAAAAAAAAAAAAAAACCGCUUUCCCGCUGGAACAAAACAAGAGAAGGAAGGAAAGGGAGAGAAUUCUAGAACUUCACGAGCCUGCCUAACGUAAGGUUAGUUUUGCUCAUCUUUCUUUCUUUCUUUCUUUCUUUCUUUCUUUCCCACCUCUCUCUUUUUUCACUACCAAGCAAACCAGCCAUGGCAAAAACCAUCUCUCGGUCGAAUAAAUAAAACCACAUGCACUACUAAACGCCACAAACUUGUCCACCACAUAAGGUAAAAUGUAAAAACCUAUGGCCAAGAAUCAAAGCUUGCUCUUUACAACCCCAAUUAGAAUACCCCAAAUUAUAAAAUCAAAACAAACCACAUGCUCGGUAGGUUAAAAAUCAGUUGGUCAGAUUAAAACACAAAAUCAGUUGGACGUAACACACCCUCUUAAAUAUCUGGAAUCGAACAAAAGACAUGUCGGUUACAAAAAGCUCUCAUACUUUGUUAAUAACAAGUUGGUCUCGUGUUAACUCGAGUUAUGAGAAAAGUUCAAGUAUGAAUAUUGUAAAAUUUUACUAACAGGGUACUUGCAAAAGAAUACAAAGUACAAAACUUAUGAUGAGUUUCUCGUCUCGUCACAACUUUCGUGAAUGGAACACGAAACCUUUAAUAGUAAAAUUUUAAUAAUUAAUCUGUUGUUUAGUUAGUUAUGUAUUUUUUAAAUUAUAAUUCGGUCGAUAAGUACUCUUAACACUGUCAAAUUGUCACAUGACAUGAGCGUCGCCUUUAAAGCCUCCAUUUCCAAAUGCCAACACUACGAACACACAUUCCUCUCCACCCACCUGAAAAAAACAGAGUCCUCUGUUCUUCAUUCUUCCCCCCAUUCCCCCAAAAUCAACCCCCUAAAAAAAUCAAAAUGAAACCCACAAUUCCUCGUACGACAUUCUCCAUCCUCCUCCUCCUCCUCGCCGGCUUCCCCGCCGCCGUCCGCUCCGGCGACCUAAUCGAGGAAGUGUGCAAGAAAACCCCGUUCUACGGCCUCUGCGCCGCCACCCUCCACUCCAAUUCCUCCUCCUCCGCCGCAGCCGACGUCAAGUCACUCGCCUCCAGCGUCACCAGCUUCGUGCUCUCCAACGCCACGGACACGCUGUCGUUCAUCCAGGCCCAGCUGAGGAAGGAGAAGGACCCCAAGGCCGAGAAAGCCCUGGCCAAUUGCGCCGAGCUCUACAUUCCCGUGGUGAAAUACAACCUGCCGCAGGCGAUCGAGGCCUUCUUCAGGGGUUACUACGGCUUCACCAGGUACGCGCUCUCCGACGCGGCCAAGCAAGCCGGCGCGUGCGAGGACAAGCUCUCCGGCUCCGGCGCCGACGGCGGGGAGCUGAGCGCGCGGAACAAGGUGGUCGGCGACCUGUGCGGCGUCGGGGCGGCGAUUGUUGGCCUGCUGAUGAAAGUCGGAGGCCGACGAGGUUUGAAUGUUUGACCCGCUGGCUGUGUGUGAAUUCGGGGUUUUGGGGUUUUGUCGAGGUGUCAGAUUGUUAGUGGCUGGGAAGUUCUUUUCCGCCCUGUUUUUUUUUUAUGUUUUUAGCUUUUUUGUUUUAUUAUCGUUUUGCUAGCGGCGUUUUUUCUGUUAUUUUUAAUGAAUUGGAGGUAGUGUUGUGUAUACGUGUCGUGCUCUGGGGACACGAAAGAGAAACGGUGGUUGAUGUCGAUAGUAUGAGUUUCAGUUUCUACCAAAAAAAAGUAUGAGUUUCAGUAUUAUUGUUGUGGUUUUGUGUAAUAUGUAGAAUUAAUUAAUGAUUGAUCAGAUUAAUGAGUUUAAUUUUCUGUUUUGUCUUUUAAAUAAUUAAAUAAUAAUCAG